AUGACCCAAACCGUCCUGAGCGUGGGCAUCCUCACCGACAAAUCCAUCACCCUCUACCUUCCUAUUCUCCAAUCCCUACCAACCUACCAAGUCAUCCUCAUCUACGAUGCGUCUCCAUCACCUCCCUCUCCGAAUCCGAAUGGCCCACCACUAGCAUCCACCCCGGAGGCCGUCCUCACCCAUCCCUCUAUCGACCUGAUCCUCAACUUUCUACCCGCCGCUCAGCGCGAACAGUUCACCAUUGCCGCCCUGUCCUCGAACAAACACGUCAUGGUCGAAAACCCCGUCAGCGUGAGCCUACCCAGCGCACACCGCAUUCUCGACGCCGAGCGCCACUCGCAGGGGCGGGUGUUCGUCGCCUCCGCCAGACGAUAUGCCCCUUGUUUCGAGACAUUCAAAAGCGAAGUGUCCACCAUGGGACGGAUCUAUUACGCAAGGUGUCGGAAUAUUGUCGGGGUCGGGCAGGGAAAGACGCGGUCGUCGCCAUCGCACAUGGUAGAGAGGCAGCAUCUUGACGUGUCGUCUUCAUCUUCGUCUCCGUCGUCGUUAACCACGCCCACAUCGUCACAGGAUACAUCAUCCUCCACGUGGAAUCUCCUCCAGGAGGUAUUUCCCGGCCAAGAGCUCACGCCGGAGCGAAUCGUCCUCUCGCGGUUACUUACGGGACGAGCAUGUUACGAUUUAUCAUUGAUGCGGGAGGCGUUCGGUGCGCCCGACGCGGUGUCAAAUAUAUCUGUGAAUGAACCGUUCUAUUCGGCUGUGUUCCACUAUAGUGAUGAGUAUCCGUUCACAUUGACCUAUGACACGGGCGAGGAUGCCGUGCCGAGAUGCGAUGCGCAGUUGACGGUGUACGGCGAGAACAAGACCGUCACGCUGCAGUAUGGGCCGGACCCCGUGAGCAUCCGGGUGGAAAUGGCUGACGAGAAAGGCGAGUUGAGAGCCCAGGAAAUGUUUAAUACCCGAGAGGAUGUCUAUCGUUGUGAAUUGGAUGCUAUGCAUGCAUUCUUGACGCAAGGGGAGGAAACUAAGACCACGACGGUGGACUCUAUCAAGGAUUUGAAGGUCUUUCGGACUAUUUUCGAACAGUUUGAUCGGCAAUGUGGGACGAUUAGGACUCCGUUGGGGUGA